AUGACUCGCGGGGUCGCGCUCUGCUCCGAGAUCCGAAGGGACCACAGACGCAGCAGAAGACGCCGACGCAAGGCGCGCGGCUUCCGCGCCCCGCCCACCCUGGUCUGGAACCAAUCGCCGCCCGCGCGCUCAGCGCCCCCCUCCCUACCGGAGGCCUCGCGACGCCAGUUGCCGGGAACGGCCGGGGGCGGGGCCGAGGAGCCACGUGGGGAACCUUGUCCUCGGCGCUGCAGGCUGCCUCCGCCUUGCGGCCGUGAACCGCCCGGAGACCUUGAGCGUGGAAAAAAACAUUUUUUCUCUCAAAGGUGUAACCUGUGGAUCGCAGUAGGCGAAACUGGGAAAAUGAGAUUGUUCCUGUGUGGCAAGGCCACAACCCUAAAAAUGCCAAAAUGUCAACAGAUUGACUUCAAUGCCUCUCUCGUAUUUCGUCUGACUCUACUGCCACGACAGUCGAGGAGAAGGGGAUGUAACAACCUCCGGGAAAAAGACUUCUGCUGGUAUCCAUCACCAGUGACGGGACAAAGGGAUGAUCUGGAGUCUCAAGGACUACAAGACCAGAUGGUCAACAUUCCAAGACCUCUGCCCCCCAACCUUCAGCCCAUUUGCCCUGUAUAACUGCUGCAAAUUUUUGUGGUUUUAAGACAGUUCUUUGGGACACUAGUCUACUAUCUCCCCCCUUGCUAGCAAGCUGUAAUAAAAAGACCCUUUGUCUCCUA